GUGAAAGUGACCUUGAAUAUGGAACCUUACAUUAUUCUGAUUACCUCUGAGGUAACAGCACUUAGAAGCUGCUGAUAUCCUCUUCAUAGGAGAGCGUCGUUAACAAAGUCACCAUGUCUUGGAUACUCUUUACUCUAGUCGGCCUCCUGGCCCUCCAUCAGGCUAAAUCAUCCGGACUAUUUGAAUUGCGACUGAUUUCAUUUGACAACGAGGCUGGCAAAGACGAUUUAGGGAAAUGUUGCACCGGAAAAACCAAACCCAACUCGGACUCGUGCGAUGGAGUUUGUAGACCACGAUUCAGGGUUUGCCUGAAGGAGUACCAGGCCAAGAUCGACGCCACUUCUCCCUGCACCUUCGGGGAUGUUAUCACAUCCGAACUGGGACCAAACCCCGUCACUGAUACUCCACAGAACGGAUUCUCAAACUCCAUCGCUUUCCCAUUCCCAUUCACUUGGCCGCGUACGUUCUCGCUAAUCAUAGAAGCAUGGCAUGGGAAUCAAACAUCGCAUUCUGCUGUGCUCGUAAGUCGUUUGAUGCGGCAAAGGUUUUUGGAUGUCGGCGAAAAAUGGACCGAAGACUCGCACAGUUCUAAAUAUUCCACCCUCAGAUUUGAAUACAGGGUGACCUGUGAUUCAUACUACUACGGUACCGGCUGCGAGAACCUUUGCAGGCCCAGAGACGACGGUUUCGGCCAUUACAGCUGUUCAUCUUCAGGUGAAAGGGUCUGCCUAGCCGGAUGGACCGGCGACUAUUGCGAUAAACCUCAAUGUUUACCGGGGUGCGACGAACAACACGGACACUGCAGCGAGCCCAAUGAGUGCAAGUGUCAAUCGGGGUGGGAGGGUCCGUUUUGCAACCAGUGCCAACGCUACCCGGGCUGUAUGCACGGAACUUGCGUGAAACCGUGGGACUGUCUUUGCGUAGAAGGUUGGGGCGGUCUUUUCUGCAACCAAGACCUGAACUUUUGUACCAACCAUAAGCCUUGCCGGAACGGGGGUACUUGUUUCAACACCGGCCAGGGCAGUUACACCUGCAGCUGCCCCAAUGGAUUCAACGGUACCGACUGCGAAAUACCCUUGGACGAUUGCUCCAGAAACCCCUGUCUUAAUGGUGGUACAUGCAGUCCCAACGGCGCCUACAACGUUUGCGCUUGCCCACUCGGAUUCACCGGACCUAGAUGCGAAACCUCGACGAAGACUUGUUCCGAACAACCUUGCAAAAACGGCGGUACUUGCACCAAUACCGACAGCGGGUACCACUGUUCCUGUCGAUCUGGUUUCGAAGGAGCCGAUUGCGAACACCAAGUGAGCAGCUGUUCACCGAAUCCAUGUAAGAACGGAGGGACAUGCGUCGAAACGUCGGGCAGUUACCAGUGUAUGUGUCCAUCGGGAUUCGCAGGCAACACCUGCGAAGUCAACAUCGACGACUGUCAGGGGAACCCCUGUCAGAACGGGGGAACCUGCGUGGACAAAGUCAAUGAGUUCCGCUGCCAUUGCGUCCCCGGAUUCGUCGGACCGUUGUGCCAAAACCGCGUAGACUAUUGCAUCACCAAACCUUGCGCGAACGGGGGAACUUGCUUGCAACUGAUCAAUGACUAUAAGUGUAAGUGUGCUCCCGGUUUCACCGGCAAAGACUGCAGCGAGGAGAUCGAGGAAUGCAAAGUGAAUCCUUGCCAACACGGGGGUACCUGCGUGAAUCGCGUUCACGGUUUCGAAUGCAUCUGCCUGCCGGGUUUCCUGGGUCGCGAAUGCGACGAAGUCUCCCCUAGCGCCGCGCCGAGCGCCAGGGUUUCCUCCGAAUCCAACCUCACCACGGAACACGUGGUGGUCAUCGCUACCAUUUCCACUUUCGUACCGCUCGUAGUCCUAGUCGCCGUCGGCGUGAUAAUUUGCCUUAAGCAACGCAGAAAACGCGAGAAGGCUCGCGCCGACGAAGAAGCCAGACUUCAAAACGAGCAGAACACCGCCAACAGCAGCUUCGCCAAACGUAGCGCUGCCAUGUCGGCCGACCCGCAUAUGAUUAAGAACUCCUGGGGGAAGUGCACCAACAACGCGAUCAGUUCGAACUUGUCAUCGCCUGACGACUGCAGCGUUUCCAACAUCAGCGUCAACGACUGUGAUGGUUUCCCCAAGCCCCUGCACCAGGUCAUCGAUGGUAGGCCUGUUUACAGCUUGCAAAGAACGCGCUCCCAGAAGCAGCUCAACACUGAGACGGGUGCGCGCGCUUCAGCACUGCUCGCUGCAAAACUGCACGAACCCGACUAUGAACACAUCAAACGUUUGUCUGUGAUGUCAAACGCAUCGGCUGUGUGUGGCUCCAGUGAUCCCUCGCUUCUGAAGAGGCCGGCGGAGAAGGAGCCGAAUGGCGUUUAUGUGAUAGAAGAGCACUUCCACGUCCCAGACGCGAUUUCGUCUGGACUUUUCGCGACGGAGGUGUAGUUAGCUUAAGUAUGACUGACGUGUGCAUGUGGCGUCGACCCCACCGCCCGCUGAGCCCGCUGUACAGUUAUUUAUUAUUCCACUCGCCGACGGUGGUGUCGCCGGUUAGCUUAGGGUUGCAUGAGUACUAAAUUUGGGGCCCAGGCCCGUGUCCAAGUAGCUUCCCUUUGCCGCGACGUCGCUCUAUGCAACGCAAACGUGACCAGGUCCUAUCCUCCAGGGACAAGGCUUUUUGUUUAUAGUGUACAUAUCUUAGAGUAAUAUUUCCUUAUACCCUAAUACUUGUAUUUAUGGUUUUGGUCUUUUGGGGGGCGGUCCUGGUUGGAAACCAAAGAUUGACGCUGUUUAGAGCCUACUUCUCGGGUGUUGGGAAGCCCUAUCUCGUCAAGUAGUAUGUAAUUAACGUAACAUUUGAAUUGUUAUUGUAAUUUGUGAUGAUUAUAAAGCGAACUAAGUCACCAUGUACUUACUUGGACUCUCGAUAUUUAUAAGCCUUUCUUCAGCAUCACUCUGCCCUGGGUACCACCGCCUCUUUAUUUAUUUCCUUCAUAAGGCCAGUGGAAAUCCAAGGUAGUACCCACGGCACCUACUGUAAUUAUUACGGUCCUUACAUUUGUAGUAUAGACCUGAUGUAUUUGAACAAAGAAACAAUGUUCCUGUAUUUAUAAACUAAGUCAUUAUUGCUCGAUACUACGAGAAGACUUCUCCCGUCUUCUCGUAGCAUCGACCGAACAACUGUUGUACAUUAAUAAAAAAACACUUGGGCAAAUUAAAGACUUAAUAUUAAUAAAGACGUUUUGUAAUAUAUAAUGUAUAUUUAUAGUAUGUAACUAAAUGUAACUAUUAAAAUUGUUCAUGUUUCUUAAUAAAUACUUCUCUAGAG